AUAUCUAACCUUCGACGAAGUCAAAUGUAGAGUUACACAAUUGUUUCAUCGCUCGUCUUAUGUUGUGUAGUUCAUGGAAUCAGUUAAUUUUAAGCCGCUGUACGGAACAGAAACACGAACUAAAGCGGUAGAAUGCAUUUUAGAGCCACUGUUCACAAAAGUGAAGUGUUUUGCAAGGAGAGGUCACAUGAAAGGUUCCUACCGUCUUAAGUCAAAGCCACAGGAAAAUAUUUUGUCUAGUGUCAAAGAGGUUGUUCAAUUGCUUAGUGACGAUUUCAGUGUUGUCCAGAGUGUUCCCUCACUAUCGUCAGAUUUUCUAACCGCUAAAACAGAUGUUAUUGAUACUGGGCAGUAUUUUUAUUCUUCAGUUUCCAGUUUUUUGUCUGACCCUGCAAAUGAAUCCCAUCAAAGUGGUGUUUGUCGAGCUAUCAAUGCCUUUUUGGCUGCUUUAAGCAGACUACUUAUACUAGCUGAUAUAGCAGACUCAUUGGUUCUUAACCAGCAGUUCGAGGCCGUCCUCAGUGGUAUUACGGAAUUCCAGUCAGUCUCAUCACACGCGGAACUGAGUCGUUUGUGGAAUACCUUUUACCCUCAUGUAUUACAACUUAUCAGCUUGUCAAAGAAACGUGCAUCUGAUCUAAUUGAUCUUGAAGACCGUAGAAAAAUUGAGUCUGCCAACUACGUGCUUAAAAAUAAUACACCUUUAUUACAUACAUCUUGUAAGGUGUGUUUACGCUAUCCUGAUAAUCUCAUUCCAAGAGAUUCAAGAACUUUUGUUUCGAAUUCUCUUUCGGAUGCAGUGGAGUUAAUUCAAUCAGUCUUUAAUGGGAUUUCCAAAUCCAAUGGUAUCCGGUUACGAACUUCUGGAAAACUUUUAGAAGCUUUAGAUGAGUUUGAAAAUAGUCUAUUUACUAAUCCGGAUCAGAAAUCGACUGUACACAUACAAGAGCAUAUUCAGUUUUCGUUGAAGGGACUAUUAUCAUCAGUUUAUAAGUUGGUGGAUUCAUCGAAAUUAAAUUCAAAACGACGUUCUGCUAUUGAUGAGUAUUGUACUCAGCUUAAAAAUAUUACAUCUGAAUUAAUAUCAGAAUAUUCUAAGAAAACAGUUGACGUUAGAGCAACAGAGAAAAUUAUACAGAAAUUAUUAAAAAUUAUCAAUUCAUUGAAACAACUACUUAUUCGUUGUGCUAUUGAUUCAACAUCAAAUGCUUUUAUGGCUAAAGAAACUUGUUUAAUGGCAUUGAAUGAUGCAACAAAAUUUGGAUGUGAUCAACGCAUUGAUGCAGCUUGUCAAUUAUUUCAGAAACGUUCUGUUUCUAUGAUAUCAUCUGCUUAUCAGUUAUGUUCAUUGAGUACAGAUGAAGAAUGUUGCAGCAAAAUCCAAUUAGCUUGUCAACAAAUUGAACAACUUGUUCCACAAUUAAUUAAUAUAGCUUAUUUACUAUUUAAAUAUCCAUCUUCUAAGUCUGUUGAAUUAAAUUAUGAAGCAUUUCGUAAGGUAUAUGAAGAAUCGGUCAAUUUACUGUAUUCAUGUGUUAAUGAGUUAGUUGGUAUGCAUGAUUUCUUAGCUGUAUCCGAUGAUUUAAUGUUGUUGGAAUAUCAAAAAUCUAUUCGUGCUUUAUCGGAUAAAGAUGAAUUAAGCGUUCAACAAACAUCAACAUCAAUGCAACAACGUUCAGCUUAUAUUUGUGAAGUAAUAUUAAAUAAAAUGAUUGCACGAACUGAGAACAAUGAGUAUGUUGAUCAGGUGAUGGAAAAAGUUACAUUAAUACGUGAUCAAUAUACUCCAGAUUUUGUGAAUAUCGCACGUAAUACACUUAGUCGUUUAGCUGCUGGCCAGUCAGUCGAUGAAAAAGCCUAUCGCUAUUCAGGUCAUGCUUUAUGCAGUGGUGUACAUGAUCUACGAUUAACUGUUUUAAAUGAAUGUGAUCUACCAUUUGAUAAUGAUAUUGAGUCAUUAAAUUUACAAGACAAUCACGGUAAUGUUGAUAAUCUUCAACCAUCGUCGUCUUCUCUACCUCAUCUGCCUUCACCUCCUCUCCCUCAUAAUAAUUAUUAUCAUCGUCAUCGUGAUCAACAUUCUAAUGAUAAUGAACAAAUAGAAGUUUCAGUCAGUUCAAUGAAAGAUAAACAGAAAUCAAUAAGAGAAAUGGACAGAGUCAAUUCAAUGUUAGAAAAUAAUUCCACUUCUAAUUAUAACCACAAAUCUCGUAAGUAUUUACCGCAUAAACGAUAAUGAUAUAAAAUAGAGUUUUAUUUUUAUUUCAUUAAUAUGAACACAUUUUGUAAUUUCUUCUUUUAUAUAGAGAGAGCUGUGUUCAUUCUAAUUUUUUAUUGUUCAAUUAGAUCCAUUAUACAAAACGUUUGUUUUUCUGUUGUUGCCUUUUUGUCGAGAGUAUUUUCUUGUUAACAUUUCGAUAAACUGUCUUUCAUUGUUAUUCCCUUUCUCUCCUCUUUCUCUCUCUCUCUCUAGAUACUAUUACUAUUAUUGUUAGUAUGAUUAUUUUUUCAGUGAAAUUAGUUUUUCAUUAAGUUUCAUAUGACAUAUUAUAAAUAUGUAUAUUUGUACAUGACAGUAGUUCUUGGUUGGAAUUAAUGUUAUCAACAAUUCAUUUAUUUAAUAAAGGUCUAUAAAUAGAAAAGGAGAGAGACAUAGAAUAAUUUUCAGUGUUAUUUGUUAUAAAUGUUUUUAUCUGUUGAAAAAUGAAUAAAUGUGUAUAGGUCGCUGGUUGUAACAUUAUCACAAUUCGGUCUUUUCUCUCUCUCUCUCUUUUGAUCAUUAUCAACUUCAGGUCUUUCAACCGUUUCGUGAUUCGUUAUCAGAUUUAGUUACAGUCAUGUUCUUAACGCUUAAAUAACUCGUAGUUUGGUGGAAGAACAUCAUAACUCCACAAUAAGUUUUAUUUUCAAACACUGAAUAGUAUUGUUUACAAUUCAUGAGUAUUCAGAAGUCGUUACACCAACAUAUUGACCUUAGCUGAAUUAAUAUUUCGCUUAUCCAUAAUAGUUCACUUACAAUUGUAUUUAUCUUCCUAUGAUGCUAUAUAGGAUAGUAUAAGAUAAUAUGACUAACUUUUCUCGGCAUAUUACUUUCCUUUAUUGAGGAAAGCAAGUCUUCUUCUUAGAAUUGUAUUGUAUGAAUAUUUUAAUGCGUCAUAACCUCAAAUUGUGUAUCGAUAAAAAUGAUAAUGUUUCUUCUGCCAUAGUAUUUUCUUUAAACUUAAUGUUUGUAAAAAGAAUCCCCUUUGGUGCUAUAGAUGCUUUCAAAAACACCAUACUUCGACAAACAAUUGACAGUUUCUAUCCAUACAGGAGAUAUUUAGAUGAUACUUUCAUUAUUUAUGACAAAAAUAUAAGUUUCAAGACAUUUUAGACAAGCUCAGUAACUGUCACCAAUUAAUUACAUUUCCAAUGGAAUCAGAGUCGGAUUCGAAAUUCCACUUUUUCGAUAUUUUGUUGAAAAGGAAAACUGAUGAUUCUCUACGAAAAUCGAUUUACGAGGGUCAGACAAAUUUGUACUAAUGAUGCAAUCAACAUCGAACUUGAUAAACUAUAGCUAAUACUAAUUAACAGUGGAGAUUCACCAAUAUUCGUUGAGGAAAGUUUGAAUUCGAUACAACAACGUGAAAAAGUAUUCAUCGCACCAAAGAAGAUUUUUUUUGUAAACAUUCAGUUUAAAAGAGAUACUGGGGCAGAAGAAAUUCUAACAAAAGUAGACGAUCAAAAUAUUCUAUUGAUCUGAACUUCAUAUCGACUUUUGUAAUCGGCCUUUCAUUUGUAGUUGUGUGACUAAAGUGAUGAUAAUAUAAAAAACACAAUGAAUACGUUUUAUCCACUGUUUGAAUUUGGGAUCUUAAUUCAAAAGUUCAAAUCUAUCUUUAAGAAGUUGAACUAUAUUGUGGUGUAUGAUACUUUUGUCUGUUGACAUAAGUAAUAUGUAAUACCAAUCGGAAGUAAAAAAUCGGACAGCAGAAGGCUAAAAAAGAUCAAGUUGAAAAGAAUAGAAAGGAAAAUAGAAAUGAAUUAUAAACUGUGAGAAUCUUAAACAAUAUGACGGAAAAAUAAUGAGAAUUUGCAAAUAAAUUAUUCAGUGUAUGGUUCUCUGUAAUUUUGAUUGUUCCCAUCAAUGUUCUCGUUCACAAUAGUAUCAAUCAAUUGCAAAGAAUAAAUACUUUAUCUGAUUGUUUAUUUAUUUAUUUAUUUGAACACAUAAAUAUUGGUACAAGAGAGCGCCAAUAUAUAUGCGCCACACAAAACAAUGAAAAUUCGAAGAGAGAUAGAAAAAAAACUAAGGAGCGCAAAAGAAAAAGAGAACAAUAACGAAGAGAUUGGUGUAAGGUAGUGUGGUAGUAACGAGGGAACGGAAAGGUACAAUCAGAAGAAAUCUUUCAAGUAAGGGAGACACAGCCACUUUUUAUGAAGAAAGUAAAAGAAGGUUACAGCAGGAUCGUCAUUGGCUUCUAUUCUGAGCCAUAUCUGAUAACGUCUCUAGCCACUGUGUAGCACCAUCUCUCAGACCCCAACCAGGGAGUCGUGAAGGACCAACACAAGCCAUUCCUUUGCAGCUUUCUUUCAUACCACGACACCAUGUCAUGCACUGACCACCUCUCCGCUUUUUCCAACCAGUCCCAGAGUCGGCAAAUAAUGCACGACGUGGAAUUCUCUGGGACGACAUUCGUAGAACAUGUCCAAGCCACCGAAGUCGGUGUUUCAAGAUGGUGACACCAAUUGAAUUAUCAUCUCUGUGCCCAAACACACGAUGCCGAACCUCCGCAUUACUGACAUGGUUUGUCAUCCGGUUAAAGCGCCGGACGUUCGCUUUUCGUCCUCUCAUUUUCGUAAACAACACCCCCGCCACGAGAAGGCAAUGAGUAGGACUUCUUUGGCAGAGGCUGUAUACGCGCGGCCGUGUGAGAGUAUUUCGAGAGGGAGAGCGGACUCUCCCCACUCUCGGCCGUACCAGGGCGUUGUUUAAUAUUCACAAUAUUAUUCAUCUUGUU